AGGUAUAAAGAGCAGAGAUUACACCCAGUGUCUUCACACAGCGUGAGAGCAUUAGAGAUCGAGCAGCUGUUUGGGAAUUUAGUGAACUUAAAUCUUCAAUAGCUGCUGAUCUGUAUCAUGACGCUGUUUGGAAAGAAGAGAGGAGAACCAAGGCGUUCUAAACGUCAAACAGCCACCCACAGGAUCGUGGAGUGUAUCAGAGCUAAAAGAGCUCAGUUUUGGUCAAGGAAUGCUCAAACAUUUGAGAAGCAGAGAAGGAAGGAGCAGCUCCAGAGAGAGCGAGAAGAAGAGUCUGAUGAGAAGACCGUUCAGGAGAAGAUGACAGGACCAAAUGAAGAGCAGGAAAGUGAAGGACUGGCGCUGAGAGUAAUAGAGGAGGCUACACAUAAGCCACAAGAGAGUGAAAAUGGAAUGGAAGAAAGGAAGAAAGAAGAGAAGACGAGGAUGCGAAGUCAGGAGAAGAGCCAGGAACCAAGACAGUGUGGUAAACUGGGCAUUAAGGACCGGCUCACGUUCGCUUUGAUAGGUUCAGCUGAGAUUCUAAUAAUGGCUGGUUUUAUUGCAUGGGCAUUCCACUUUAUAACCGCAGACCUAAUCUAAAUAGAUUUAAACAGCACCCACCCUUCCUACAAAAGCCCACCAACCCCAUCUGGAAAUAAAAUCUAAUUCUCAUAGACAUGAGAUAUCCUGGGCUUAAUCAGCAAGACACUGACCAAGGAAGGAGCCUAAAUGAUGACCCCUGUAAAAAACUUAAUGGUAGUGGGUGAUUUAAAAUACGAGUACAGAGUAUGGGCUUCACCCUGUCUAUAAUCCAUUCUCUGUACAAAUGGCAAAAUGCAACCAGCCCCUGUUUUAUCAGCACCUCAGCGACCACCAGCAGCAAACUUGUUCCACAACCUCCUCAACAGCUCAUCAAGUUCCAUGAGCUCCUCAUCACUCUCCAGCAGACCGUCACUUUGUCAUUAUUUUAUUACUUUGAUCCGGUGUCAACCAGAGGAGGACUGGUUCCCUGUGUGAGCCUCGGUUCCUCCUGAGGUUUCUUCCUCUUACUCUGAGGAAGCCAUUGGCUUGCUCACUUGGGGCUCGGACCCGGAUCUCUGUAAAGCUGCUGUGUGAAAUCUGCUCUUUAAAAUUCUAAAUAAAUGAACUUGGU